AUGAGCGACGAUGAUUUAUUAAAUUUAAUACAAAUAGAAGCGAAUACUUUAGUUGAUACGGUUUUAGAUGAAAGUGUAUCAAUUGUUAAAAAUUCAAACAUCAAUCAAUCAUCAUUUAAUCCUCCCAAAUCAUCAUCUCAUGACAUUGAUUAUGACGAUAAUGAUAAUGAUGAAGAUGAUCAGCAACAAGAACAAUUUAACCGUGAAGUGUCGUGUGAAGAAAAUAGUUUUGAACAACCACAACCACCGUCUCAAUUGCCAUUAAUAAAUAUUAAUGAUAAUCUUAUUUCGAAUAAUAAUAAUAAUAAUAACAAUAAUUCUUUUUAUUAUGAACAUGGAUCCGAUGAGAUAAGUGAAAACUUUGCAAUAAAAAGCGAUUAUGACAUAAUUGUAAAAUCUCCCACUAUCGAGAGUAUGUCGGGUAAAUCCUUUGAAGAUAAUGAUGAUGAUAUGAACUAUACAGCAAAUAGUGCGAUUAAUGAUAUUAGCUUAGAUAAUGUUAGCGCAUUACAUAGUUAUGAUAAUAAUACAGCAACAAAUAUUACACCGACAACUUCUGCGAUUAGUUCAGAUAAAACGUUCAUUGAGUACAUUGUUAAAAAUGAAAUAGACAAAGAAGAAGAAUUAGGAAGUGUUAGUGACGAUGAGAAUAUUGAAGAAAUUGUUCAAGUUGAGGCUCAAAAAUUGGUCGAUGAAGUUUUACAAGAAAGUCUUCAAAUUAUCAAUCAAAAUGAUCAAAUUUCCAAAAAUUUCUCUUUUGUUACAUUUGCACAAAGUGUUGAUAAUGAAAACGAUUUGAUUGAACAUGACGACGAUCUUUUUGAAGAACUUUCAAAUGACGAUCCUGCAAUUGUAAGAAACAUUGAUGAACAUAAACUGCAUCGCGUUGAGCGUAAAUUUGAGCACUUAUCAUCCGAGGUCCGCGAUGAUGAUCCAGCAACACUUGACGAUCUUGUUAAUAAAGAUGACAUUUCAUUGUUGCAAACAGAAUUUUCAAAAAUCAGUUGGGAUGAAAGCUUAUCGGCAGCAACCGGCGAUUUAGCUUCAAGUACACCUGAUAAUGAUUUGCACGAUCCUCUCAAUAUUCCAGAGUUACAAAGUCAUCAAACAAGCACAUCAACAGAAGCAAGACAAUUACCUAAGCCAACACCACGAUUGAAUAAAUCAUCAACGAAUGAUACUUACAAUUCUUCAUUAUCAUCAAAUGUUGAUGACAGCUCAACAUCAAGUGCAAGUCACACAUUGAAAUCUGAUAUUGAGUCUGAAAUCUCUGAUGUGGCAAAAACUGAAGAUUUUAAACAGAAAAAACAAUUUUGGGAGAAUUUUGAUCAUCCAAUUAUGCCAGUUCCAAUGCCACGACCAAGAAUUGCAAAAUCUCAAAGAGAUUCAAAAGAUUCAUUUGAAACAGAAACAAGUAGUUUACGUUCUUCAAAAGAGAUAUCAAGAGAUGAAGAAGAACGUUUGGAAGAUCAGAGUUUUCCAAUAACUGAUCGAUAUGAUUCAGAUGUCUCGGAUAAGGCAGUUAUUGUUUCGACUCAAAAGAAAGUUCUUAUUACUGAUAUGGAUAAGAUUGAUUCUAUUGAAACUUCAGAAUUGGGUGAUGAUGGUUUAGCAAAGUUCUACAUUGGAGAAUCAAGUACGAAUGUUAUUAGAAAGAGUGCAAAUGAAAAGAGAGCAGAAUUUGCAUUUGAUAAUCAAGGAUAUGAAUAUUCGAUUGAUACUGAUGAAACUAAAAAACAUCAAAAACGAGAUGCAGAUGAUUUCAUUAAUCAAGAUAUAGAAAUUUAUGAUGAUUCAUUAUUAAGUAAAGAUUCAAAAGAAGCUAAUUUGGCACGUUCAAUGGGAGAUGAAAUGGACUCAAAAAUGGAUUUAAUUUUGGAUGAAAAAAGUGAAUUUGAAAUGUCUGAAAAGCUUUCAAGACAACAAUCAGAAGAAAUGGAUCCAAUUGCAGUUCGACCACAAGUUAUUCAUUCACCAAUUAAAAAUGUGACAAUUUUAGAAAUGGAGAAGCCUUUAGAAAUCGCUGAGCAGCAUAUCACUGUUGCAAAAGCUAGUGCUGUUGAAGUAUUAAAAGAUUUUUCUGAGCCAAAAAAACCAAUAAAAUUGGAAACAAUACCUGAUCUCCAAAUGUCAAAAGAAAGCCUUCGACUUGAUACGGCUAAUAAGAAAACAGAAGAAGAAAUUGAAAAAACUUUAGAGGAAGUUGAAGAUUCAUUAUCUGCUGUUCAGGAUGAGUUGAUUGGGGUUGUAAAGGAUGGAAAAUUAAUAAAUCAAUCUCCAAGUGAGUUUGAAAUAAAAAUACUUCCUGACUUAAAAUACCCAGCAAGCAUUCCAGAACAAGAAGAACUUCCAGACACACCAAAAAAGGAACCAUUCAUUAAAAUUAAAGAACCAGAAAAAUAUGAAAAGCCAAAACAAUCAGAAACGGAAGAAUCUCAACAAUCAUCAAAUGAGGAUUCCUUUAACAAAUUGGACGUAGCUUAUCGACAAAAAUCUAAAUCAAGUUCAAACCGAUGGUCAGCGACAGACAUUGAGUCAAGUUCCGAAAGUCAUUAUCAAAGUUUUGAGAAAUCAGAUAGUCGACCAUUAUCGUCUGACGUUGAAAAUCAAGCACCUUAUCAGUCAUCUGAAUAUGAAACAGCUCAUGGACAAUCGAUUGUAUCAGGAUCUACAUUAGACUAUCAAAGUGCUGUAAGUACGCUUAAUUCACGAGAUAGCAUGAAAAGUCUAGAUUCUGAAAGUUCAGGGAAUUUAGCAAGUAUUGAGACAUCGGAAGCAUCAGAAACUCUUGUUCCAAGUACAAUGGAUGAAUGUGAUGAAGCUCUCCUUACUGAUAUUAUUGCACAGGAGUUGGAAUCAGAUGAUAAGGAUAGAUUUACAAGUUUAGAAUCAGAAGGAGUCACAAAGAGUGAAGACGAUAGUUCUGCUGCAGUUCAUCCUAGCAUGAAAAGAUCACAUGAAAUGACAUUUACCGAAUGCGCUGAUCCAAUUGCAAAGUUCGAAGAAACUUUAGGAAAAAGUGUCGAAGAUUUAAAAUAUGGAAGUUGGGAAGAACCUAGAUUUGGAUCAAGUUUAGAGGAAGGUAGUAUGCUAUCAGUUUCAAUAUCAAGUGCAUCAAACCUUGAGACAAUGGUUGAAAUUCAUUCAGAUCAUGCAGACCAAUUGAUGGGAUCAUUAGUUGGCAGUUAUGAUAGUGCAAAAAUAUUUACAUCAUUUACUGAUGAUGCCGUUGGUUCAACUCCACCGGAAUUUGAGAGAAUUGAAAGCAGAGUAAUGACAUCAGUUCAGGAAGACGAUGCAAGUACUCAAAUGCAAUCGACUGACGAAACUGAACCAAUGAAAAAACGUGGACACAAAAGAACAGACAGCACAAGUGUCUUUGCAAGCGGUUUCGUAAAAGCUGAAAGUAAGGAGUCAGGUUCUGAUUCAUUUGAAGAAGAUAUAAUUGGACAAGAGGAUUCAUCAGAUGUCAUAUCAUCUGAAAAGGAUGAAACUCAUGGGGAGUCAUCAGAUUCUGAAUAUGACAGAUAUGAAUCGGAAUAUGCUAGAGCCUAUCGAUUACCAAUUUCAUCUCAAUCAAAAUCAAAAGGAAAGGAAAAGUCAGCUGACACAUUAGACGAGAAAAAGUUCUCAUCUCCAGGUCACUCAAUAAUUGAAACAAUCGUUGAAGAUGUUCAUGCAGAAACAGAACAAAGUAGCGAUCAUGUAACUGGCACUAAAAAGCUACAAGAUUAUGAAAUUCCUGAUAUUGAAGUCACACAGGAUAUAACUUUAAAUGAAGAUGAAAUUACUUUAGAUGUGACUGAAAAAGCAGCACAAAAUAUUCAGUAUGCUAAACAAGUUGAGUAUAAAAUGUCUGAAGAAGAGUAUCAGGAACUUCUUGAUAAAAAAUAUGCAUCAAGACUUGCUGACUUAACAAAGACAUAUGAUGAUAAUAUUUAUGAUGAACAACAACCAUCACCCGCUGGAAGUGAUUCAUUUGAGAUGCUUAAUGAACCAGACAUUUCCGAUGAGUUUGUAAUAGUUGAGGAAGUUGCAAAAGAAGCACAUGAAUUCGAUCAGGAAGGAAAAAGUGUAUCAAUUCAGAGCAAAAAAUACAUUACAAAGCAUGAUGAAGAAAUGGAAAAAUAUGUUGUCAGAUCAGCCCCUGCUGCCACUGAUGCAGGCUCAUUUGCUACUGGAUUUGAAUUUGAAGAGUCACCACCACAAGAUGAUGAUAAUGGUGAGGAGCCAUUACGAGGAAAUGGAUAUUCAUUAGAAGGACGAAAAGGAUGGGUCGAGAUGAAUCUAUCAGAUCCAGCAAAUUUAAGAUAUCCAUAUGAAAUAGACUCAAGAGGUGUUCUUGAGGAUAUUAAAGAAGAAGAUACAGAUUUUGAAGUAGGAAGUAGUCGAAUAAGUAGCUUCAAGGAUUCAUACUCCAGCACACCAGAUUAUGAUGCACUUGUUAGACGAAUUCAAUCACGCGAACAUGACAAUUUAUCAAUGAAUAGUUUACAGGAAUUUGAAAGUUUAGAAAGAGUCAUUUCUCUUGAAAAUCGACAAAAACAUUCACAAAGUUCUCAGGAAUCGCUUAGCAAUGGAAGUUACCCAAAACGAGAAGUUGCAAAAAGUAUUCAUGGUGAUGAUAUAAGUUUGUCAAGCUUAAAAGAAUUUGAAGGAUUAGAAAAUGCAUGCAUAGAAGCACAUUUAAUAGAAAUCAGGGCAAAGGAAGAAGCUGCAUUGCUUCUCUCACGAUCAGAUGAUUCAAAUAAAUCUUCAGGAAGCUCAAGUGGAGCGAAAUCUAGCCCUAAGACAGCUUCUUCAUCACCAGGAGGCACUAAAGUUCAACAGCAGGUCACAACAUCCAUAACAACAUCGACUGUUGUUAAAGGAAAGCAGACUAGCUCAUUAGAACAGCAAAUGGCACAUGAAUUUCAAAAGCUUCAACAAAGAGCACAAGAAAUAAUGGAAGAUAAAAGUAUUAGUAUUAUGGAAACAUCCACAGAUAGCUUGGAAGAUAAGGCACCAAGACAAAUUUAUGAUAGAUCAUCUUCACAACAUGUUAGCAGUGAUAGUUUGGAUAAAGAUUUAAAAAGUGCUGAUCCAAUGACAAGCAGUGUAGAUUCUAUCGAAAUGUCACGUGGUGGAGGUGAACGUACAGGAAAGUCAUCAGAUGUGGAUUCAAUUGAACAAACUUCACCAAUCAAAAGGCGAAGUGAUAGUAUUGACUCGAUAGAAAUGCUAAUUGCUGCAAAUUCCUCAGGAAAAAUGGAUAGAGAUAGUUUUGAUGAUGUAUUGAACUUUGAAUCAAAUUCUGGAUCAUCAAGCAGUAAGAAAACCACAACAAAAACAAUUACAUCUACUGGAGUAGAUGGUCAAUCAGUUACAACAACAGUAACCUCCACUACAGUACGUUAUGAUAUGCCACAGCACAAGGAUAUAUCAAACGAUUCUCUUAACGCACGUACAGAACCAGAUAUGUUAUUGACAAGCACAGAAAGUCUGACAAGUUCAACUGCUACAAAUGCGACUUAUCAAAAUGAAACAGAUUCACAAAUGUCUGGAAGUAUUACAAGCUGUGGAUCAACAACAAUGAUUGAAAUGGAUCCGACAACGUCAUUCUUUUCACCAUCAUCAUCCACACAUCAUAUUACAAGCACCACAACAACCACAUACUCGUAUCAUGAUAGUGACUUGCCUGAUGAUGAUUUUAAGCCAAUUACUUUUACUGUUAAGAAAUCAAAUCAGUAAAAAACUUUCCAAAUGUAAUUUUGAAAACACAAAAAGUAUUAUAAUCAUUCCUCUAUCUAUUUCUGGCUGAUUCUGUAAUAUCCAAUAGAGCCCAUUACAUUUUUGCAGCCGAGGAAUCUGGAUAUGAAAAGGAAAAGCUACAAAGCAAAACAACAGAAAAAGAGGAUUAAACUUGAAACCAAGAUGAUUUUUUUGCAUUCAGGAGAUAAAGCAAGCAACAAAAUAUUUCAAAAUUGAUAUUUAAACAUUGUCACUCAUCAUGAGAAAGAAAUAUUAUAAAUUAACAAUAUUAUUAUAUUUGCUUUUAAUACCAAUAUAAACAUAUAGCUGAUUCAUAAUUUUUAAGGCUCAAUGUGUUUAUCCCUGUGCUAUGAUAAAAAAUAAUUAAUUAUUCGCUUCCAUUGGAAUGGACAGUCAAAAAAAAAAUGAAUUGGGAAAUUGUGAAAUUUUCAUUAUGACGGCUUUUGUGCUUUGAACCAAUUUUUAAAAAUGAAUUAAAACUUUUAAAAAUAAAAAAAUACUAUUCAAUGAAAAUUCCCAUUAAAAUGUUUAGAAACAAUGAUGAUUUAUAAAAAAUAAUACAAUGCUACUAUUUGUCAAAAGUAAUAACAAGAGAAUCAAAGCUAUUAAUGUCCCCUUGCUUUUUUUUUUGAAAUUUGCAAAAGCAAAAAAUAUAAAAAAAAAAUUGAUUUAAAAUCAUUUUUAAAUUUUUCUUUAUACUUGAUUGUUCUAAUUGAAAAUUGGACGUAUUAUUAAAAUCCAAUAUUUAUUUACUCCAUGCUUAUAAAGUUCUUUAUAACGCAUGUUAUGCGAGAGAAUGUUUGAAAGUUCAUAAAGUUGAAUCAAGAAUUGUAUUUUUAAAGUAUUGGAAACUUAAUUUUUGUUUCAUUAUUAAAUUCAUAAUACAUAAUACAAUAUUCUUAUUGAUAUGAUAUGAAGACUAUGCUAAAUCCCGCUAAAACGUUUUGCGUUAAAUAAAAGAUAUUGCUUAGUAAAAGACACUAA